UUAGAGCAUUCUGUGGAGAUGGAGAGGAGGCCCAAACCCUUUCCUCAAGCCAGCAAGCAGGACCUCCCAGGGUCUGCGUCCAGGGAGUGCUCUGAGGAGGUCUUCUGUGUGUGCUGAGUCAGGAGCUCCAUUAGCAUUGGCACUAGACACUGGCAUUGCCCUGAUGCUUUGUUCAUUGAUUCUGCUACCAGUGCCUUUCACGUGGCUGGGAGGAUGGGACACAAGCGUGUGGCUGGUUUGUUCUUUGCACAAAUUGCCAGGUUACAGCCUCACAGCAAGCCUGCAGGGCAUGUGAGCCCUCCACAGAAGUAAGGAAACAGGUUCAGAAGGCUGCAUCUUCAUGCCAGAUCGUGGUUUGACCUGGUUGGGCUAAGACGUGACCCUGUUUUUACUGAGGACAACAGCCCCAUCCCAUUUCUCGAAGCUCCUGUCUUGGGGACAUAACUUGGCAAGAUGAACACUCGGCCCCAUUCUCCUGGGAAACAAGGAGUCAGAUGGAGUUCAGCAUCUCCUCCUUAUCCAUCCAGGAGUCUGGCACAGCCAGCAUGACUAGUGAUCCCAGGCCCCUGGCCAAGGCUCCUCAGGGCACACAGGCGGCCAAGCCUGCCCAGAGCAGCAGAUCUUCUAGCCUAGAUGCCCUGGGACCUUCAAGGAAAGAGGAGGAAGCAUCUUUUUGGAAGAUCAAUGCUGAGCGCUCUCGGGAGGGGCCUGAGGCCGAGUUCCAGUCACUGACACCCAGCCAGAUCAAGUCCAUGGAGAAGGGAGAAAAAGUCAUGCCUGCUUGCUACCGCCAGGAGCCCAUCACAAAAGACAGGGAGGUCAAGGUUAUGCCCCAAGAACAACAAACCGUCUUCAGUGUAAGCACAGGGCAAGAGGUGCCCCAGCCUGUGAAAGCCCCUGCCAGCUUGCUGCCCAAGGCCACCCCCAUUGAGUCCCCAGAGAAGCCACCGCCUCCCACUGCCCAGCAGGAUGAAGAAGAUGAUACUCUGUUCUCAGAGCCUGUGUUUUCCCAGAUCAGCUCAAGUAACACCCUGUUGAAGACAGGCUUUGAUUUCCUGGACAACUGGUAAACAGUGCUACCUGGAAACACAGCCAAGAGCCCCCAGUGUGGUCCACGUGGUGUUCAGAGGAGAAGGCAGCUCUGCCUGUGUAUUUUCCUGUUUUCUCUGCUUUUUUCUUAGUCUUUCGGGAACUAGGAGAUGUUGCCAGGUUUUCCUUUUUUUUUUUUUUUUUUUUUUUUUUUUGGUAAAACCAAAUAGAUAAAUAUGCUAUUUUCAAGAAUUUGAUAACAAGUUUUACACUUGGGAUUUUUAAAGACUGAGAAUCCAGUAAGCCAGUAAGCCUUGUAAAUAAAACUUUUGUUCCCAGCUCCAACCCACUUAUCCAUCCAAGACGGUUCUCUGACCAAGUCAUAAAAGGUCGCAAAGGCGAUGGAUCCACUCCUCUCUUUGUACCCUCCCCGGCCCUUUUCAUCUGGGGCUCCCUGGAUGGAUGUGGCCUGCUGACUGUCACCGUGGAAGAUUCAUCCUUACAAAUGGGCUCACCUGGCACCCUUCCUUUGCUGAAGCCACAUUUGGUGUCCGUCCCCUCCCCCUCUUGUAGUUAACAGACUGCUGGCAGGUGGCAGGUGUCUGCUAAGCUGUCGCAGUGACUUACCUGGAGCUUUGAUUGUUUAGCAGCAGCUGCCUGUUGGCAGGUUUUCUGUCAGAUUCUCACUGUUUUAAAUGUAGCUGCAGCAGCCUCCUUGGUUCUGUAGGAGUUUUCUUCUGGAAGUUAUUAUAACUGUCCUGCUAGUGUCCCAGCCCUGGCCACUAUGGGAGUCAGGGUGGUGACAGUGGUGCUGGAGAACAGGGUUCUUCUGAUUCACUACGUUACAAUCUUCCAGUAUGAGACUGGCAGGCUUGGUCAUUCUUUACCCCUGUCUGAUCAAGCUGUGUCAUGAAGGCCUCUCCCUGAGACCUGGCCACCUUCAAGUGCAAGAGGCCUUCCUGAGGGUUCCAGAAGCUUCCCCUUGCAGCCCUGAGAGUUCACAGCAGCAAGGCUGGGUGAGGAGCGCCCACCACACCCAGAUCUACUGUUCUCAGCUGUCAUGGCUGCCCUGCCAUGGCCUCUGGACCACAUGCAUCUGCAGGAGGUGCCAAGCAGAUCUGUGAGCUCUGGGUGGCAUGGUCUACCCUUCACUGUCGCUCCAUUCUCUUCACCUGAAGCCUUAAAUCUCUAUGAAUCCCCUCCUCUGAGCGCCUGGUUUCAGUACUUAAAGGUGUAACCCUCUUAAUGCCUGUGUCGUAGGACUUUCUGAAAUAGCUUCUGGAAUAUUCUCUUUGGCCCUGUUUACCAAGGUAAAGCACACAGCCACUAUCCCACCUUUCUCCUCUUCUCUAGGAAAACAUACCAAAGCUAUACUUAACCAAUAUUGAUGUGAUAGCUGCCAAUUAGCUUAUGUCCUGAACAUCCCGUGAUCCCUUGGGUUUGGGUUUGCCUUCCUCUAGCAACUUUUGACCAGUCAUCUUUCAUACUGCUGUAGAGCAGUUGAUAGGGGAAGUUGAUAGAAAGGCUGCUGGCACACAAGGAAGAAAAUAACUUGCAAGCCACCAUUGGCACAGCCCAGGCUGGCACUCACUCGUCAGGGGAGUCCAGCACGGCUGCCAUGUGCCUGCCCUCCCACUCCAGUGCCGUGGGUUAAUUGCGAACCUGUGCAUGUUCUCCUUCCCUGAAGGUCUGUGGCUCGUGGCAUUGUCAUAGCAGGAAGGAGAAGGCUCGCCCUGGCCAUUUGACCAGUGUGACCAGUCCGCUCUCUUGUGCAGACUUGUUCACAUCCUCUCACUUUCUCCUAAUUCCCUUCUAGUUUCUCCAGUGAAAACAUGGAGUGUACGCACAGUGGUGUUUCUCACGGAGGCCUCCCAAGAGCAGGUGGGAAAUCACAGAUAGGGGCUCUAGGAGGGAUCCUAAAGGACUCACCUGACCUGGGGAUUGUCCUUGCACCUGGGAGGGCCUACACCAAGCUGGCUUCUUGGUUUCCCCUAGGCACUCUGUGGCAGGGCCCAGGAGAUUGGCCAGGUGUUUAUCACCUUCUCUUUCUCCGGCAUCCUGAUGAAGUACAUUUAUUAUUUCUCUUGAAAGCACAUUCUUUGUCUGAAGCCUGUGUAUGAGUUUGGACUCCAUUACAUGCCCAGGCUCAGCAUCUUGGAGGCAGCUCCAGGGCUCUGUGUCUUGCUCUUGGUGACUGUAUUUGACAAAAGCUCUCAGGAACCAAGACUGUGCCUGUCUGGGCUGUCCCUGAAUCCCAGGCUCUCCAGGCUUGGAUGUGCUCCCAUUAGGAGCAGGGGAGUUGGCCUCCUGGCCAGGUGUGUUCCCUCAUGCCAGGGCCAGGAGUGGCCUUCUGUUCUUCACAUCACCCUCUCCUUUGAUACGUUUUCAAAAUGGUAAAUUCUUACUGACAGCUUAUAACUUGGUCCUAUUUUGUACUACUAGCCUUUAAUAAAGCCAUUUUAAAAAUGA